GAGUUGCCAGACGGGUUUCUGCCGAGGCAGGACGAGCUCGCUUCCCAUGGCUCUUUCUGACGGGGGCUCCGUUAAACCGACGGUGUUCGCCGAUGUUUCUUCUCCUCGUCGUCGUUUCGAGUGCGAAUAGAGAUAUUUUUCCGAUCCGUUCGAUAUACGCGUCAACGCGACACAUAUACGGGUACGGCUCGAGGAUCGAACUUUUCAACAUUUGGAUUAUAUUAUAAUAUAUUAUAAUUCCCCCCUUAACUUCCUCCCGAGUGUGUUUCGAGGACCGUGUGUGGGAGGAUCAAGAGGGGAGAAGAAGGAGUGAGAUUGGAAAUUGUGCGUUCGAGAGAUCGGGAGAACUCUGUUAUUAUAAAGUAAAAAGAAGUGCGCGGAAUCGAGAGUUGUUGGUGUUGGAACCGUCGCACGAAGAGAGAGAAGUUGGUGCACCUGCCGCAGUGAUUCCCGUGGCGCCACUCACGUGUUGCAUGCGUGCCGCGCUAUCCAUCAUGGUCGCGGGUUGGGAGCGGCUCUGAUUGGUCGCCGCCGCGGUCACGUGGUAUGGUAAUUGGGCUCCGGUGGGCGGGAAGGAGCGAACGAGGCCGCGGAGCUUGGUGGAAGAUCGCAAAAGUGGCGGAAGGAGAGGAGAGGAUAAGCAGCUGUCCACCGGGAGUCUGCUGCUCUCCGUGGUCUUGCUCUUUUCGCUCGUUUUUCCUUUCCCCCUUGCUCUCUCUCUCUCUCUCUCUCUCUCUCUAUUUCUCUCUCUUUCUCUCUCUUUUUCUCUCUCUUUCUCUAUCUCUCUCUCUCUUUCUCUUUUUCUCUCUCUUUCCCUUUUCCGCCUUCGCCAGAGACUGGCCAAAGAGUGUGUGUGUGUAUAUGUGUGUGUGUGUGGUGUGUGUGGUGUGUGCGUGCGUGUGUGUUGCGUCGCCACCCUUUCCCUUCCGCUCGAAAAAGUCACCCCGACGGAGAGAGGGAUGUCGGCCACAGUGCAGUGCGGUUCUGUUACAGUGUUCCGUUACCGCUUCUCGACUCGAUGAAUAUCGUCAUCAACAUGGAACCACCGUGUUCUCCUCUUCUAUGAAUUAAAAACUAACUCGACUCGAGGAAGGGGGAACGCUUUUCUCCUCGACCGAUUCGAGAGAGAGAGAAAGAAAAAAGAAAGAAAAGAAAGAAAGAAAGAAAGAAAGAAAGAAAGAAAGAAAGAAAGAAAGUGCGUUACGUUUCGAAAAAGGAGAGAGAAAAAGAAAAAAAAAGAGUGGUGUCAAAAGGGAAAGAGAAACGCUCGUGAUAAAAAUGAGCUCGUUCCUGAUGAAUCCAUCCGCCGGCGGUGGAUAUCAUCACCACCAGCACCAGCAGGCAGCGACCAGCCACCAUUUGGCGGCCACCUCCGUCAUGGUGGACCCAAAGUUCCCACCCAGCGAGGAGUACAGCCAAAGUAAUUACAUACCGUCCACGGGGGCCGACUUCUUCCCUCCCGCCACCGGUGGUGGCCACCACCUCAACCAUCCGCAAUCCCAUCAAUUGCAAUACGGAUAUCACCAGCAUCACCACCAGGCCGCGUCCACCCCUUACGGCGCCUCCUCUGCCGUCCAGUUGAACGGCGGUUACGCGGGAUACGGUGGCUACUACGGGCCCCAUCAUCCCCAUCACCAGGUGCACGCCGUGCAUCACGCGAGUUUGCAUCCGCAUCACCACGCGGUGGGCGCCCUGGCGAUGCCGCCCGAGGCGCAGCAACCGCCCCUCACGUGCCCAUCCUCGAUGCAGCAGCAGCACCAGCAGAAUCAGCAACAGCAGCAACAACCACCCGUGUCCGCGUCCACGGUGCUUGGAACCACGCCGUUGUCACCCGGGAUCAUGCAGAGUCACGUACAGCCGCCGGACACCCUCCAGCAUCAUCAGCAACCGAGCCACGAGGCCACCGCCUGCAGCCCGCCUACUGCAUCCGGCCAACUGCAUCGCGACAAUUCGCCCGAUCUGCAACAACAAUCGAGCGCCGGUCAACACGUGCAGGGAGGCCAACAGCAGCAGCAGCAACAACAGGGCCAGCAACAGUCACAGCAGCAGCAACAACAACAUCAUCACGUGGACGAUGGAUCCGAUCAGGACGACGUGGAGGACGAUCAGAUGAUGGACGGGUCGCCUGGAAUGAUGGAGGAGGAGGAGGAGGACGAGGAGAACGGAGACCGUGUGAUUUAUCCGUGGAUGAAGAAGAUUCACGUAGCUGGUGUCGCGAACGGCUCGUACCAGCCCGGGAUGGAGCCCAAAAGGCAGAGGACCGCGUACACGAGGCACCAGAUCCUCGAGCUCGAGAAGGAGUUCCAUUACAAUAGGUACCUGACGAGACGGCGACGUAUCGAGAUCGCUCACACCCUGGUCCUGUCCGAGCGGCAGAUCAAGAUCUGGUUCCAGAACCGUCGGAUGAAGUGGAAGAAGGACAACAAGCUGCCCAACACGAAGAACGUGAGGCGGAAGAACGGGACCGGGGGCCAGGCGGCGCCCUCCGCCGGCAAGUCGUCCAAGGCGGGGGCGUCGAGCAGGCCCAAACUGUCGGCGGGGAACAACGGGAACAACAACAGCCAGCAGAGCAGGAAGAGCAACAACAAUUCGCCUCCGUCGAUGGCGGACGGAGGGAUGGAAUCGAACUCGUCUCAGCAGCAGCAGCAAUUGGGCCUGGCCGACCCCUUGGUCCCCGACGUGCACGCCGCUCUUCCGCAUACGAGCGUGGUCCACCCGAGCUUCCAAGGCCACCCGCACCCCCUCGCCCAUCUCCAGGCCCAGCUGAGUCAUCACCACGUGACCGGGAUGAUGGAGGGACCCCCGGCUGGCGGGCCGCUGGGCCACAUCGGCUCCGGAAGCAUCAGCCCCCUCGCCCCUGCGACCAGCCCCUCUGCCUCCCUCCAGGUCUCGGCCCCCAUCCACCCGCCCCCGAUCAAGUCCGACUACGGCCUCACGGCCCUGUAACAUCCGCCCCUCGACAGGGACCAGGGCCGCUCGAAGAUCGAAGAACCCCCCGUGCACGGUGGCGGCCGAGGCUUCGUCGCCGUUUGGUAGCGAGUGAAACGUAAUAAUAGGCUUCGUCGCCUGUUGCAGUUAGUUGCGGUCGAUUGGUGUACGAGGGACGAGGUUGAAUUGAUAUUUUAUGAUCGUUUUCUUCUUCUUCUUCUUCUUCUUUCAAUUCAACAGCGAUAACGUUCGAAUUCGUUUCCUUCGAUCGUAAAGGGGGGAAAAAAUGUGUGAAUCCGGAUCUCUGGAUCCAUAGCUCGGGCACGAAGGGGAGGGGGGAUGGCUGAGUCAUCGUCAUCCGGGCGAUCCGGUACGAAACAAACGAUCGCUUUUUUUCCCCUCCGGCUGGUUGGCGCGAGUCUGACGUCGUCGUCGUAUCCAAUCAUCUCGUCUCGAGCCUGCUCGAGAGUGUUCGAGGAGUGCGGCGCGCGUGCAAGAAGCGUCGAGGAAGGUUGAGCGACGUUCUCGUCAAGUGUGAGGAAACGGGGUGUGAAGAAAAUUUGGAAGGAUGGGGUGGAAGGACGAGGGUUGAAAAAGUGUGGAAACGUGUGACGCGACGACGGAUCGAAAGAUGUAUUAUUGGAAAAUUUGUUCGCUCCUUUCUUUUUCUUUUUUUCCGUUUUGCUCGAGAAAUGGUGGUGGAAGAUGAUGUGUCGUUUCCGAAGAGAAAACACUGUCCGUGUUUCGGUUCGAAAGUCGGAGUCGCGAAGGUGUACAUGUAUAUACACACGCAUACACAUACACACACUCAUAGACAGACACACGUAACGUGCGCAUGUAUAUAGCCGUGUAAAGAAAGUCGUCUUAUCGCUAUGUGAUUUAAGUGCAUCGUAUUUCGUACGUAUAAUUGCGUAAGUGUGCAAGGUUUUUAGCGUCUUAAGUAAUUUCGAUAGGGAGCCACAAUUUUAAACGCAAUUUUACGAUGUUUUCGUUCGUUCGUGAAGGAAACGUAAAAAACGUGAUGCCCGAGUUCCGAGACGCGCGAGGAAGAAACACGGGAGGGGGGAGAAAAAGGAAGAAAAUAAAUGAACGAAAAUAUUUUAAUUUCUCGAGACGAAACUUCUCUCCCGAGAGAUUAGAAGAUUUGUGUAAUUUCAAUUUACGCAGAGAGAAGCAAAAAAAAAAAAAAAAAAAAAAAAGAAAACCAAAGUUUCUUUUUCGUAGUAUAUCAUUCUAAAAAAAGGGGGAAGGGGGAAGAAUAAAAAGAUACUCUUCUAAUAUCUCGUCCCCUCUCCCCAAGAAAAAAAAAAAACUAUGUAAUCAAACGUCUGGAGGGUUCCUCUUUAAUUUGUCCAAUCAUCGUUAGUUUUACCGACGAGACUUGGCCAACUUAGGUUCGUUGUCCCGGCGCAAAGUGGAAACUUCCUGCGCUCGUCAGACAUUGCGCGCGACGCGGACACACGAACGGACGGACGGACGGACAGAGUCAGAAUUUUUUCCACGGGCUCACACUUAUUGUAAAUAAGCGAUGGCGUAAAUAUCGUCUAUUUUUAUCGAGAGAAGUGAUGAUAGAGAACGACCAAUGACGAGGAUAUAGAUUAAAGGGAGAAAAAAGGAGGAGGAAAGAGAGGGAUGCGUAAAAGGUGUUCAUUCAUUCGAUGGGGAGGUUAAGCUAAUCGAACAUGGGGAGAUUUCAAACAUGCACAGAGUCGCUGUGACGAUAUACCAAAACGAUGUUUUAUCGGUUUAUAAAUAUAGGAUUCGUAGAGGUUAAUUAAAAAAAAAAAAAAAAAAAAAAAAAAAGAGCAUCGAUGAGCAACCUGGAUCAUCGUUUUUUCCGAAACGAAAUAUUUCUUCGAUUUCUUCUUUAUUGUUACGAGCCGAUGACGAAGGAGGAGACCACUCGAAGUAUGAAGUAUUGCACAAUUAUUUUUUUUUUUUUUUAAGAAUAACAAAUGAUUUGUGAUAAUAAUAUAAUAUUUUGAGAGAUUGAUCUGGAAGAAAUUAAUCUGAUGAUUUGAUCGAUUUAAUCUUUUCGAGAAAGAGGAGGCGGGGGACGAACGAUUCAGGUUAUUUGUCGAAGAUGCGAAAUGAAACGUUUGCCCGUGAAAUGUUUGGACGGAACUGAGCGGGGCAAUCUAGCGUGUAAUUUAGCGACAGUUUUAAGCGAGAGAAGAAAAUAUAAAAAAGAAAAAAAAAAAAAAAAAAAAAAAAAUAA